CCUACGAAAAGGUAUGGAGCAAAUAAAACACAAGGUCAACAUUACGGGCAAGGAGAACAUUAUUGAAAUCAUAAACGAUGUUUUAAAGGGUGACAAUGUAUACCGUGAGCUGCAAGAGUCUGUUUUCAGCGAUUUCCUAAAACUGCCAUCCCGCAUAUCACGAUCAGGCCAAUGCCUGCAUUUCAUGAUAUCAAGACAGAUAGCAGGACAAUCAAAUCCGGAUGAGACGGCGUUGUUUUUUAUCGUGGAUGACUAUGUGACGAGGUUUUCCAGGAUUGAGUUUUUUUUUUAUGACAGGAUUGAAAUUUGGGUCAAGCAACUUUAACCCCUAUGCAGAUCACAUCAUACUUGAGAAUUCUUUUUAUCAGAGAGUUCUUGGCGGUAGGGAAAUUUCCCCCAACAAAUUGAGGGAGAUGUUUAUGACCCGAGGUUUGGGUGAGCAUAAAGCGGACUACGUUAAGGCAGCAAAGAUGCUACUAGUGACGGAUCUGAUAUUUGGCUAUGAUGGUACGAAUUCCAGAAUUCCGGAUUGGCUCUGGGUGCUUUUGGAGGACACAACAGCAUGGGAGGAAUUCCCAUGGGGCAGCAUGUCAUUUCAGAUGACAAUUCAUGCAAUCAACAAGGUGAGAAGCACUCCAGCAGCAAAUGCAUCAUAUCAUCUAACCGGGAACACUCUUGCCUUCUUGGCUUGGAUGUAUUGUGCUCUCCCAAAGCUGGGAAAGGAUAUCGGAGAAAGAAAACCCUCAAAAGUAUUCCCUCGGAUGCUGAGGUUCACCUACACUAACAAUCGCAGGAAACCGGAAGCUGGCGAACAGGUUCAUUUUUCACUGAAACCAACAGAAGAGGAAAAGCAACAUAAACACUGA